UGAAAACCCUGUGAAAUCCUACAGAGAACCCACCUGGGACCAUUAAAGCUGUUCUAGAAUUCAUCAACACAACAGAAGUUUUCUAUGGAAACAGGAUACUAAAUGGUAGUAUAUAUUUUGCCCUGUGGGUGGCAACAUUGUGCCGUAAAGGCAUCUAGACUGACGGAAAUUAGAAGAAGAAGAAGAUUCCGUGGUGUUUUUUUGGAUUGAUUGCUCUGGAUCUAGCUAGCCUGUCAAAACUGCAUUCAAACGAGAGCAACGUGGGAUAAACAGGUGCUGUUCUGGUUUGAUAACUGUAACGAAGACUUGAACAGGCCAAGCGAGAAAUCUACUGUUCCCCUUCCCGACCUUCUGUUCCUGACCCUCUCUGAAACACAUCUUUCACCAUGAAUGAAGUUAAUAUAGUCAGAGAGGGCUGGCUUCACAAAAGAGGUGAAUAUAUCAAAACAUGGAGGCCCAGGUACUUUAUCCUGAAGAGUGAUGGUUCCUUCAUUGGCUACAAGGAGAAGCCUGAUCUAAACGAGCAGACUUCACCACCACUCAACAACUUCUCUGUGGCAGAGUGCCAGUUAAUGAAGACUGAAAGACCCCGGCCCAACACAUUCGUCAUUCGUUGCCUACAGUGGACCACUGUCAUUGAACGCACCUUUCACGUGGACAGCAAUGAGGAGAGAGAGGAGUGGAUGCGAGCAAUCCAGUCAGUGGCAAAUAGUUUGAAGAUGCGGGAACAAGAGGAGGAUGAACCAAUGGAUAUGUUCGGCUCACCCAGCGAAAGCAGCCUGGAGGAGAUGGAGGUGUUGAUGUCCAAGAACCGCUCAAAAGUGACAAUGAGUGACUUUGAGUACCUGAAGCUGCUUGGAAAGGGGACAUUUGGGAAGGUGAUUCUGGUCAAAGAGAAGUCGACCGGAGUACAUUAUGCCAUGAAAAUACUGCGCAAAGAGGUCAUCAUAGCCAAGGAUGAGGUGGCCCAUACAGUUACAGAGAGCAGAGUGUUACAAAACACACGACACCCCUUCCUCACGACACUGAAGUAUGCCUUCCAAACCCACGAUCGACUUUGUUUUGUAAUGGAAUAUGCCAAUGGAGGCGAGCUCUUCUUCCACCUGUCACGAGAACGAGUGUUCACAGAAGACCGGGCACGCUUCUAUGGUGCUGAGAUUGUGUCGGCGCUCGAGUACCUCCACUCACGUGACGUUGUUUAUCGUGAUCUAAAGCUGGAGAAUCUGAUGCUGGAUAAAGACGGCCACAUCAAAAUCACUGACUUUGGCCUUUGUAAGGAGGGCAUUACCCCUGACGCUACCAUGAAAACCUUCUGUGGUACUCCUGAAUAUCUGGCACCUGAGGUCCUAGAAGAUAAUGACUAUGGCCGGGCGGUGGACUGGUGGGGUCUGGGUGUUGUUAUGUAUGAGAUGAUGUGCGGCCGUCUCCCUUUCUACAAUCAAGACCAUGAGCGUUUGUUUGAGCUCAUCCUCAUGGAAGAAAUCCGCUUCCCCAGGAACCUGUCGCCCGAGGCCAAGUCCCUGUUGGCUGGCCUGCUCAAGAAAGACCCCAAACAAAGGUUGGGUGGAGGUCCUACUGAUGCCAAAGAAGUAAUGAGUCACAAAUUUUUUAUCAUCAUCAACUGGCAGGAUGUGGUACAAAAGAAGCUUACCCCACUGUUCAAACCACAAGUGACAUCAGAGACAGACACCCGGUACUUUGAUGAUGAGUUCACAGCACAGACCAUCACGCUCACUCCUCCAGAUAAGUAUAACAGUCUGGACUGUGAGGACCCUGGCCAGCAAGCGCAUUUCCCACAGUUCUCCUACUCUGCUAGCAUAAGAGAGUGAUAGCAUCUCUGCUACACACACACACACAAACACACAACAAAACAAAUGAGGCAUGAACACCUUGGCCACAUCCUUACAGCUAUAAAAUGAUCAGAACCUCCAUCUUUAAUGAGGUUUAGUUCAUCAGCAUCAAAGUGCCUCAGCUAGCGUCCAUAUUGUUUUAUAGAAGCCCCUUCUGUCAACACUACGGGCAAAGCCUCCACAUACUGACUGUACUGUAUCAAACGGGACUUCAAGACCUCACAAAGUCAUCAGCACAACUGAAAAACAACUGUCUGAACCAUCUUUGGAUGGCCUUUAACUACUGCUGCUUUUCAAUAUAAACCGUUCAUUUUUAGCACUCUUUUAAUGGCCUUCAUGAACAGUUUCUUUCAUGAUGUUUCCAAGUGCUCUUCUUCAAACUAGCUGUUACAACUGGUGAUAGACAGGUUUGUAUAUGAGAAAGUUGCGGGGCAGUUUGUUGGGUGUUUCUAUUAGGUGUGUGUGGAUCUUUUUUCUCUCUUUCUUUUUUUUGAGAAAAAGGAGGGCAUCAAGUCCAAACUGGAUGCCAUCAGUUGAUAAAGAGGUGUUUUAUGGGUCUUAAUACAACACCUGCCCAACAUGCAUUAACAGAUUAAUUGAUAAUUCAUGAUUAUCAAAGUGUCUCCACGGGGAAAAGCUUUGAGUAGAAGAUGAGGUGUUGGCGAUAGAGGCUGCCCUUUAACUGUAUGCAAUGAAAACACAUCACUUGUUUAUUAGUUUGCUCUCAUCUCAAACUUUGAUCAUGUGACACAUCCAUUAAUGGAAAUUGGGAAUACCUUUAUGCACAAGGUGUAUGUUAUUUUUUAAGACUUAAUUCUAACACAUUUUUUUAAAUCUUUUUUGAUCAGCAAAAUAUACACCAUGUGAUUUAGGCGGAUUAAUAAGCACUUAGUGAUUUAAAGCAGACCUCGUUUUUCUCAGAUGGACCAUGUUUAUAAUGUAACUUAAAGCAUCCUGGAUUGAUGUCGGUGCUUAUUGUUUUUUAACAUCUCAUGGAUAUGUGUAUGUUGCACUGAGUAUCAAAAACUGUGAGAUACCAGAAACUGGUAUCAAAUAUCUGGUCAGAUUUGUUGUCUUCUAACCUUCUGUGGUCAGAUUUACAUUAACCAUUGGUUCUAGAGUGGAUGCAUGUGUUUCAAAAAUAUUUAACAUUGGAGAACUUUUACUUUGGUUAAAUGAGAUAUAAAAUGUAGAAACCCUCAAAGUAAGGUUUAAAAAGUAUUGUAUCUGUAUUGAAACUUAGGUGUUUUAUCACACUAUUGGGGAAAAAAGCACCAAACCGAAUUCUAGCACUUUCAGAGUUCAUGUUCAUAUUUUGAGUGUCAUCUUUUCUUAGCAUUCAAAGCUAAUUCUGUAAUAUUUCCAAUUCACUUAUACCUAUGUUAUAACAUAUAUUAGUAGCCUUUCUAUGAAAGUAGUCUUUCCUCAGAUCACAAUUCACCAUUUUAAACUUUACCUGCUUGAUAAUUAAAAAGUUUGAAGUUAUGGAUGAAAAUCCACUUGUUUUAAUGUUCUCCUGGCUAUUCUUACUAUGUUCGAGUGCAUCUACACCACUGCUGGUUUGAAGACUUGACUGUUCCAGUAGAUUUGAUUAAACAUAAAUUAGCUGGAGAGCUAUCCUCUAGAAAUCUAGGAAUCCUCUAGGAAGCUGUGAAUAUCAUGAACAUGGUCCAUUGUGAGAUUUUUUUCAUUUGAGUGCAAUGGAGACUUGCAGGGAUGUAUUUUUUUUAUUAUUUUCAACUCUUCCCAUCUAUUGUAAAAUGCACCCAACAUUGUAUUGGUGCAAUGUUGUUUAGGCACUGGUAAUAAAUGCAGAACUUGUGCAGAAAACCUGCUCAACUUCCCGUUACACACAGAGCCUUCUAUCACCUCUGUUGUUUGAAAGAAAAAAAGAAAAAAUCAAUUUGUUUUUCCGGUUUACUCCUCAACUUGCUGUUUUCCCCUCAUCCUUCCUGUACCCUGAACCUCAUUAGCAGAUUAAGACAAGUCAUAAUAGUUGAAAGGAGAUGUAAGUUUUCAGUUACAUUUUCAAUUCAAACAACGGAUUUCUAUUUGUCUUUGAAUGUAAUUUUGAAAGACAGUGAUCCAAUACACAUUUUUAACUGCCUUAA